AUGCUACCACACUGCCAUACUGCCAUACUGCCACACUGCCACACUGCCACACUGCCACACUGCCACACUGCCACACCACCAUACUGCCACACUGCCAUACUGCCACACUGCCAUACUGUCAUACUGCCAUGCUACCACACUGCCACACUGCCAUACAGCCACACUGCCACACUGCCAUACAGCCACACUGCCACACUGCCAUACUGCCACACUGCCACACUGCCACACUGCCAUACUGCCAUGCUACCACACUGCCACACCACCAUACUGCCACGCUACCACACUGCCACACCGCCAUACUGCCACACUGCCACACUGCCAUACUGCCAUGCUACCACACUGCCACACCGCCAUACUGCCACACUGCCAUACAGCCACACUGCCACGCUGCCAUGCUGCCACGCUGCCACACUGCCAUGCUGCCCUUGCCAUUACUGA